AUGUCUGGAAAUAUUGAACUUGAUCUUAUUUAUGAAGAAAGUGAUGCAGAUGAAUUUUCAACAUCAUCAAAAUCCAAACAUACUCGAAAUGUAUCCAUUGAAGAAGAUCAAUUACUUGCAAAUGAUAAUGAUGAUGAUGAAAUAGCAAUAAUAGAACCAGCAAAUUCUAAAACAUCAAAUGAAAAUCUAAUAAAUCAAACAACAAUUGAAAAUGAUGAUUCAGAUAUGAUUGAAACUAUUUUAAGUGAUGAUACAAAAGACAAUUCUAAUUAUAAUGGUAAACGUCGAAAAACUGAAAGUAUUUCUUCCUCUUCAUCUUCGAUCAGUGUAUCAAACACUAGUAGCAGCAGCAGCAGCAACAGUUCCAAUCGUCAGUCUGUACACGAUUUGAAUGAAGAAACGAUUGAAAAUGAAUCAAAUUGUAUUGAAAUGGAACUGUCAAAUGAUAGAAUAAAACAAGUUAAUGGUUCUAAUGGAAAUGAACAACGUAAACCAGUAAAUGUACCAACAUUAGUAAUAACAGUGAAAAAUGAAAUGGCUCAACCAAUUCGUGAACAAGCAAUUCCAACAACUGAUUCUACAGAAACUGCUACACUUCGGCAUAUAUUCAGUGAUGCUGCUUAUUUUUUAAUUAAAAGUAGUAAUGAAGAAAAUAUUUCAUUGGCUAAAACUAAAGGUUUAUGGUCAACACCACCAGCAAAUGAAACUAGGCUAAAUCGAGCUUUUCGAGAUCAUCGAAAUGUAAUUUUAAUUUUUUCUGUAGCUGAAAGUAAAGCAUUUCAAGGUUUUGCUCGUAUGUCAUGUGAAGCUCGUCAUGAUAGUCAACCUGUUAAUUGGAUUUUACCACCUGGCAUGAAUAAUCGUACUUUUUCAGGUGUUAUUUAUAUUGAUUGGAUAACUUGUCGAAGUUUACCAUUUAGUAAAACAUCACAUUUGUUCAAUUCAUGGAAUGAGAACAAACCGGUCAAAAUAGGACGGGAUGGUCAGGAAGUUGAACCACGUUGUGCUGAAGCAUUGUGUCGUUUAUUUCCAUCUGAUCCAACGAUUGAUAUAAUGUCAAUAGCAAUGAAAGCUAAAAAUAAUAAAAAACGUCAGUCAUCUCGAUCGGAAUCACGUUCACCAUUAUCGACAAAUCUUUCUUCAUCAUUACCAUUGGAAACUUCAUCAUCAUCAUCAUUAAUAAUUAAACGUCAAAUAUCAAAAGAUCAUACUCGUCAUACAUUACCAAAUAAUAAUAAUAAACAUCGACCAACAUCAUCAGAUUUUUCAUCUCGUCAUUUAGCACAUCAUAAUCAUCAUCGAUCACCUUCAAAUCAUAUUCGUCAUAGACAUCAACAAUCAAGGAGUCGAGAACGUGAAAAUAAAGAUUUACCACGAAAGCGACGACGACGAUCACGAUCAUCACAUUCUGAUCGUAGUGAUAAAAAUUUUUCAAGUCGAAAACAUUCAAAUCGUAGUAAUGGUGAUCAAUCAUCAUACAAUAGUCCUAAUAAAACGAUGACAAAGAUUUUUAGUAGUGGAACAUAUGAAGAAUAUAUGAAUCAUUUAGUUGCAACUCAUGCACAAUAUGGUGGAUUUGGUGGAGCUAUAUUUCCACCUGGAGGUUAUCCUAUGGCUUACGAUCCAAGUGCUUUUUAUCCAAUGGGAUAUGAUCAUCGUGGUAUGCCAAUAUCACUGCAUAGUGGAGGUUAUGAUGUUCCAAUGGAUGUAUAUUAUCCUCAACCAACACCUUCGAUGACAUCUCGUUCUCGAAAUCUAACUGAAUAUGAACAAGAAAUAAAUGCAUUUCUUCGUCAUACAACAACGUCAGGUUCUUAUCAAAAUAAUGAUAAGAAUUUAACAUCUCAUCGAAGUCAUCGUCAUCAUCGAAAUGAAGAUGAUUAUCAUCAUAAACCUCCAUCUCGACAUCGUUCAAAAUCACGUGAACAUCGUCAUUAA